UGUGUUCCUAAACAGUUGUCCUAGACAGCCCAUCCCACUUUGUUCUUGACAAUAUCAUAUUGUACUUAAAACUUAAAUUAAGCUAAAUUUCUAGGGAAAAUGGGUUUUUCUUUCUUACCGGUAACACUCAUGACCGCCUUUUGGGGCGCCGUUGGGGUCGUCCUUCCUAUUUUCCUACCGAAAGGGGACAACAGAGGGUUGAUUCAACUUUCCCUGGGGCUUACGGCGAUAUGCUCGUGGCUGUUUUGGCUGUGCACGUACAUGGCACAGAUGAAUCCUUUAGUUGGGCCGAGGCUCUCAACCCGCACAAUCCUGAUAAUGUCACAAGAAUGGGGUAACAAAAUUGCAGAUUUGUAAAAGGUCCAA